CGUGGGCGCUUUACAACAGGAGCUGCGAAGGGAUACAGAAGGAGAGUGCUUGGGCUGCAGAGAAACCUUGCCCACCGGCGGAUUCCACCCGCUCCCUUGAGCAAAAGAGCGCCUGCUGGGGGUUACCAUGGAAACCAGGACGGCGACGCGUCGAGAGCGGGAGGAAGCGUCGUGCGGCAUGUCGAGCGGCGUGAAGGUGUCCUCGCAUCGUCACAAGAAGACCUUCGCCUCCAGUGACGAGGAAGUCGCAUACUCCGAUGUCGUUCCCGUCAUCCCUGCGGAUGUCAUGUCCGCGAAGGAGAUCCUGCAGAUGGAAAGCCUCCCCCGUCACAGGACAUGGGAAAUCCUUCGGGAAACUCAAGCGGCCGACGAAGGCUACCAUCGAGACAAGUGGACGAUGUUUGGCAACGAGGCGGAGAAGUUGGAGGCGGGCGUGUUGCGGAGCCAACGUUUGCUACGCACCCGCGUGGACAAAACGGCCCUUCGCAAAGAGGCACAAAAGAAGGCAUCCGAACACUUGGAGUAUCUGGAGCGUCUAAGUCAGAAGGUGCCAGACUUCUCGGUGCCCCUGAGGCCUCACACUGUCUGGGAGGGCAUGACGGUGCAGCUCGCCUGCGUGGUCCAAGGAUGCCCGCCGCCUCAGGUCACAUGGUACAAAGAUGGCGCGGUGCUGAGAAAGCCAGAGAUGCCGUGGAAUUACGGGCUCUGGCAAGCAUUUGGGCUGAAUUACCUGGAGAUCAGAAGAUGUUCUCCCGAUGACGCCGGCGUGUACAAAGCGGUGGCCAAGAGUCCCCUGGGCGAAGCCAUGACCUACGCCACGCUGCUGGUGAACUCGUACAAAGGAGCCACGGCUGGGUCGGAUGAUUCCCGGACUCAGGCCUCGCAGCAAGCCGGCUUUGCCAGCGCCUUUCCACCAACGUGGGUGAAAGAAGGCGAGAGUCUCACCCUGCACUGCUCCUUCACCGCCCCUCUGCUGCCCUUCCAGCAGGACGUCACCUGGUUCCGGGACGGUACGCCACUGCCCCGAUCUGAUGCCGUGGACACCGAGACAACAAACGGCACGGCUUCGAUGACGCUUCGCACCGUGUACAAGGAGCACGAAGGAGUUUACACGGUGCGCCUGAAGACCCGGGAUGGAUUCCUGGAAUCUAGCGCCUACGUCUACGUUGAAGAUGCGUCGGCCACAGUGGUCGGAGCUCCCGCGUCUCCCCUGUUGGUGCGGGUGUCGGAUAUCCACAAGGACUACGUCUUCCUCACUUGGCAGCCGCCCAGCGCUGACGGAACGUCACCCGUCGAGGGCUAUGUCGUUGAGAGGUGUGACCUGAGUCAGGGCCAGUGGGUGCGUUGCAACGAGCGCCCGCACAAAGCCUGCCGCUACCCGCUGUUCGGGCUGAAAGAAGGAGCCAGGUACCAGUUCAGAGUUCGGGCGGUCAAUCAGGCCGGCGUGGGUCGCCCCUCCAAGGCGACAGAACCCAUUCUCACUGAGGACCCCCUUCAACAUGCCAGGACCAUGGUGGUCCAAAUGCACGGAGGAAGGACCGUUGUCGUCACUCAAGGUGAUCUGGAAGGUCAUGUCCGCGUUCCCUUCGCCCCCACCAACGUCCACGCCUGCGAGCUGAGCGACACGUACGUGGUGCUGAGCUGGACCGAGCCAGAACCCCGAGGGAAGGAGCCGCUCACCUUCUACGUGGAGCGGUCGCAAGAAGGGAAGAGCGGCUGGGAAAUGGCCAGUCGGGAUGCUGAGGUCAACUCUCCCAGGUUUCCUGUCUUGGACCUGCUCGAGGGAACGCGGUACCACUUCAGAGUGCGAGCCGUCAACAAGUACGGUGUCAGUGAGCCGUCGGAGCCCAGCGGCCCCAUCUGCCUGGGAAAACCGCAAAGUGCCCCCGCUCCGCCUUCCUCCAUCCUGGCCUUCCGCGACACCGACUCCUCGGUGUCGCUUCAGUGGCAAGAGCCCAAAGACAAAGAAGGCGUCCUGGGAUAUUACCUGUACUGUAGAGAAAAAGGUCAAGAGGACUGGAAGGUCAUCAACAAUAAACCCAUUAGCGACCCCAGGUUUACCGUCCACGGCCUCCAGACUCUUAAGGAGUAUGCAUUCAGGGUGAAGUCAGUGAGUCAAGCGGGAAAGAGCGACUACUCGGACGAGUCGCUCCCCAUCCUGGUCAAAGCCGCCAUUCGCGUGCCCUCGGCGCCUUCGGCCGUGGCGUUGCUGAUGUGCACGGGCUCAGAGAUGGUUUUGGGCUGGAGGAGGCCUCGCCGGGACGGCGGAACCCCCGUGAGGGGAUACUACCUGGACGAGCGGGAGGCGGGCACCGACGCGUGGCAAGAGGUCAACGUGAAGGCCAUCAAAGAGAGGCAGGCCACGGUUUCCAACUUGAGCAGCGGGCUUUGGUACCAGUUCCGCGUGUUUGCCGCCAACAUGGUUGGCGUCGGGGAGCCGUCGGAGCCCAGCGAGGCUUUCCUGUGUGAGGAAUGGACCAUGCCGGAGCCUGGUUGUCCCUUUGACUUGGAGGUCCGCGAGGUGAAGGACCACUCGCUGGUGCUCCGGUGGGCCGCGCCACUCUACGAAGGUCGCGGCCCCGUCACGGGCUACUCACUGGAAAUCAGCCGGGGCGAGCGCUCCGACGAGUGGGCUGCCGUCAACGACCGGCCCGUCACCGACACUCAUCAUAAGGUUUCAGGUCUUCAGGCGGGUCAGAUCUACCGUUUCCGUGUGUCGGCUGUCAAUGAGGCGGGAGCGGGAGCCCCCUCCCUCCCUUCGGAGCCAAUCAUGGCACUCACCUCGCCAGACAGCCCAAACAUUGAGGCGGGCGUGGACGACGACGGCUUCAUCUACCUGGCCUUCGCGUGCGAUCACGUCGCCGACGGCAACGAGGGUCUCUGGACCAAAAACUACAGCCAGCCCAUCGACGGCGCGACAGCUCAGGUCGACAACAGGGACGGCAGGUCUGUCCUCACCUUCGGCGACCCCUCUGAGCAAGACCUGGGGCUCUACACCGUGGAGAUGAGCGACGAGCCCAGCCUGUCGUCCAGCUACCUCCUCACUGCCGAAGACCUCGAGCGCCUCAAAGAACUCAGCCAGCAAGUCCAAAAUCCACUGAUCGCACUCAAGUCGGGUUGGCACGCGGAGGUUUCGGAGACGGGCGGCGCGCGUCUGUGGCUUCACACGGAAAGUCUGAGCGACGACGCCGAGCUGCGUCUCGUUUUCAACGACAAAGAAAUCUCCAGCACUCCGGGUCGCAGGAUCCACUUUGACAAGGCCGGCGGUCUGGUGGAGGUGCUGAUAGAUCGCAUGAGCCACGAGCACGAAGGCACGUACACGGCCCAGCUGCGCGACGGACGUGCCCGGAACCAGUUCACCUUGGUCUUGGUGGAUCACGAAUUCCGCGAGCUGCUCGCCCUGGCCAACGCCAAGCGACGCGACUGCGAGAGAAAGAGCGGACCGUACUUUGAGGAGCUCUUGUCGUGGGACGUUAGCGAGGAUUGCCAAGUGACCAUAAAGUGCAAGGUGACCAACGCAAGCAAAGACACAACCCUCAAGUGGUCCAAGGACGGAGCGGCGCUGCCGCAGGCUGAUUACGACCCCGGGUCAGGGGUCGGCGCGCUCACCGUCCCGCAGAUUGAAAAACAGCAGGCGGGCUCGUACAAGGCGGUGGUGUCGGACGCCAGAGGAGAGGACGUCAGCACCUUGGCGUUGCAGCAUGAAGAGUACGACAAGCUUCUCCAGCAGCUGAGCAAACAAUGCGGAUUGUCAGCAGGUCCGCUGAGGGUUCAGAGCACUGCAGAAGGUUUCAGGCUCUACUGCUGCCUCACGUAUUACAUCAGCGCCCUGAAGACCAGCUGGGACUUCAAGGGAAAACGGAUGGAACCCCAGUCCAGGAUCAGGAUGGGCAACAACGAGCGCAUGGUUUGGAUGGACAUCUUCAACCCCACCGAGAACGACAAAGGCAAAUACACCCUGGAGAUGUUUGACGGCGGCGAGACGCAUUGCCGUCACUUGGACCUGUCCGGGCAAGCUUUUGCAGAUGCCUUGUUGGAGCAGCAGAGACUGAAGCAAGAGGCCGUCAUUGAGAAAAAUCGGGCCAAAGUGACGAAAGGUCUGCCGGAUGUGGUGGCCAUCAUGGAGGGCAAGUCUCUGUGCCUGACGUGCUUCAUCGAGGGCGACCCCGCGCCGGACGUCUUCUGGCUGCGCAACGAGCGCGAGAUCGCCGGCGAAGACCAGUUCUUUAUCACAAGGGAGCGCGGCUGCACCACCAUCACCAUCAACGACGUGCGCACCGACAACUCGGGCAAAUACACCGUGCUGGUGCGCAACCGCUGCGGCUCCGAGUCGGUGGAGGUGACGGUGAGCGUGUACAAGCGCGGCGAGGAGCCGCCGGCCGACGCCGUGGAGAUGGGCUCGUGAAGGCGGCCCCGAGCCGCUCCCCCGCGGGCCCGCGCCUUUGCUCGCCGGCCCCCCGGGCUCCGUUAUGUUUGGUGCAGUGUAGCCCCAAGUGCACGUGGUGUGCCGUGAUGGAUUCGUCUUGUUUUGAUACGAGAGUAUCGCGCGCUUAAGCUACUUCCUGGUUGACGGAGGCUGACGACUAAAAUCCUGGUUCGGUACGUGCCGUCGUUUUUAAGGCCGCGGUUUGGGUCCGCAUCGGGUACAAGGGAGGGAACAAAACGCACAAGCCAAAGGAGCCAGUUUGCACUCUCAAAGUGCAAACAGUCCACGGGGUCGUUGACACCCACCGAAUGGGCCUCCGGGGUCACGUGAGGAGGUUCAACGGCACCGCAGAGAGAGGAAAGGUUGCGGACGUGUCCGAAGCCAAGCCCAAGUGGUGCCUUCCCGCAAAGAGCCGCCUUUAUUUACUCAACUGCUCAAGUGGGAGAGGCCUGCUCUGACUGCUAGGAUG